CCGCUUGUGUGUGAGGCCUCGUGAACCACCAUCCGUCGGGCUACUUAGAACUUGUUGGCAGUUGUCACAGAUCCUUUUGCUGAGUGAAGAGAGAAAGAGCUAUUACUGCAGGGACAGCGACUGUUUGGUGUUAUCAGGAGCAAGUUGAGGUUGUACGAGAAAAGUUGAACCAAAAAUGGCUCAAACCAACAAGGUGUACGUGGGAGACCUGCCGGAUAACGUAGAGGAGGAUGAGAUUAAGGCCCACUUCGAGUCAAUAGGAGGCCAAGGAAGCGUGACUGACGUGGAGCUGAGAAGCACCUUUGCGUUCGUCCACUUCGAGGACAGCAACAGCGCAGAAGAGGCCAUCCAAAAGCUCAACAAUACCGAGAUUGCGGGUAAAGCGAUUCGAGUUGAGAGGCCCAAACCGAGACGAGGACGAGGCGGUGGACCGGGAGGCUUUGGUGGCCGAGGAGGCGGCGGAGACAAUUGCUUCAACUGCGGGUUCUCUGGUCACUGGCAGCGUGAUUGUCCCAAGGCGAGAGGAUCUUACGGAGGUGGCCGAGGCGGUGGCGGUGGUUUCAGUCGAGGCGGUGAGGGAUCAUAUGGAGGUGGUGGCUUUGGAGGCGGCGGUUAUGGAGGAGGAGGUUAUGGAGCCCCGAGACAGGACGGCGGUGGACCCCGAGGAGGAGGAGGAGGAGGAGGAGGAGGAGGAGGCGGGUUUCGAGGACGUGGUCGAGGAUUCGGCGGUGGACGUGGACGUGGCAACUGCUUCAUCUGUGACCAGCCAGAUCACUGGGCCGGAGAGUGCCCCACGAAGCAACAGGAGCCGAGAUAUUGAAGCUCUGGCUGCAAACCCCAUUCAGAGAGACGUUACAUCCUAUUCACUAAUAUCUGUUGAUUUUGGUUUUUGUAUACUCACUAUAUGACAGUUGCUCUUUUCAACGUGCGUGCAUUUAUUACUCGUUAACCAAUAAGCCUGCAGUUCUGUGUGUUUGGUUGGAUUGGACCUGGAAUGUCGAAUAGGAAGAGAAAAAAAGGAGAGAAGAAAUGAAUCGAAAUUUCAGAUGCUUGCUUACCAUUAUACGUACAAUGUAGUUUCUCAGAAUGUCUAUCACAUCAGCCGACAAAACUUACAACUGAUUAAAAUGGUGUUAGAUUUAUGUCCUUACUAUAGUUCUUUUUUGAUUUUUUUUUGACAGACAACUUCAGGUCGUUCCCAGAUUUAUUGGGAUAUUAUGCAGUAAAACUCUUUGAUGCAGUUUGGUUUGUUUGUGUGGAAUAAUUCAAAAUAACACGAUAUCAUCAUCUUAUAGCAAGUUUAACAGGUCGCAAUCAAUUGGAUUAAAAAGAAUUUUCUCGUCUAAACAAUUGGAAAAUAUCUUAAUUUUAAGCGUUUUUCCAUGUCUUUCUUCGGUGGUCAGAUAACUAUCAAAAAGAUAGUUUAUUUGUCACCACCAAUGCUGUGAAUUAUUUUCCCUGUAAGGGAUAUCAGUUCAAGCUCAAAAGUUAAUAAGCUCUUGUUUACCAAGUCUUUAACUGUUCCUCAUUUUUUUUUUGUGUUAAAACAAAGUGCAAAAACCCAUGAAGUGCAGUAACAAUUGUUUUAGACUGGAAUGAAGAAAUAAAGCUGUAUUAGCUGUGAUACUAUAUGUAGUCUGAAUCCCAUAACCGAAUCCACUGAAUAGUAAACCAAAACAAAAGAGAUUCAUGGAGUCAUUUGCGUUCUUAUCCUCUGGCGAUAUGAUUUGAUAUUUGAUGAAAUGGAUAUUCUUUUAUUUUCCUACUCCUAAUUAUUACUUUCACACCUGAAACACAAAAUUUUAUGUCAACAGUUAUUAAAAUUCGCUUGUUUAAAUUUGCUGAAAUUUGAACCGUUGACUGAAAUGUAGCUCUAAUUAUUGUGAACUGUUAUCAGUUUUGUACUCAUUAUUUUAAAGUUAAUUUUUGCGUCUCUG